GUCCCCCAGCUCCCAGGUUCAGCCCCGCCCCCGGCGUCAUCCCUUAGCUUGUGGACCGACUGAGGCUUUCAGGAGCAGGACUGAGCAAAGGUCCAAGCCCUCCCUCCUCUUCUCUCUGGGUGUCCCGGGAGCGCGCGCGUGCGCGCGUGAAAACGGAGCGUGCAGGACGGAGCGGCAGCGCGCGGUUUUUCAGGUAAUCUCAACCCAACAAAAUGUUUGCCAAAGCAACUCGGAAUUUUCUUAAAGAAGUUGAUGCUGGAGGAGACCUGAUUUCAGUCUCACACUUGAACGACUCUGACAAGCUGCUGCAACUUCUAAGUCUGGUGACCAAAAAGAAGAGGCACUGGUGCUGGCAGAGGCCCAAGUACCAGAUUUUAUCUGCCACCCUGCAAGAUGUUCUCACAGAAGGUCACUGUCUCAGUCCAGUGGUUGUGGAGUCAGACUUCGUGAAAUACGAAAGCAAGUGUGAGAACCAUAAGAGCGGGAGUAUCGGGACCAUCAUGGGGAAGGUCAAGCUGAACGUUGGUGGCAAAGGUGUGGUGGAGAGUCACUCUUCGUUUGGAACCCUGAGGAAGCAGGAAGUGGACGUGCAGCAGCUCAUCCAGGAUGCCGUCGGGAAAACAGUUAAUAUGGCCAACCUGGUGCUCCAGCAGGUGCUAGAGAGCAGGAACGAGGUCCUGUGCGUGGUGACACAGAAGAUCGUGACCACGCAGAAGUGUGUGAUUUCUGAGCAUGUGCAGUCGGAGGAGACGUGCGGAGGCAUGGUGGGGAUCCAGACCAAGACUAUACAGGUGUCAGCAAUGGAGGAUGGGACUGUCACCACGGACACCAAUGUAGUGCUGGAGAUCCCUGCUGCCACCACCAUUGCCUAUGGCAUCAUGGAGCUGUUUGUGAAACAGGACGGCCAGUUUGAAUUCUGUCUCCUCCAAGGGAAACAUGGUGGCUUUGAGCUUGAGAGGAAACUUGACUCUGUCUACUUGGACCCCCUGGCCUACAGAGAGUUUGCCUUUCUGGACAUGCCGGAUGGGGGUCAAGGGAUCUCGUCGCAGGACGGGCCACUGCGCGUUGUAAAACAAGCAACCCUGCACCUAGAGAGGAGUUUCCAUCCCUUUGCGGUGUUACCUGCACAGCAGCAGAGGGCGCUGUUCUGUGUCCUGCAGAAAAUCCUGUUUGAUGAAGAACUCCUUAGGGCCCUGGAGCAAGUGUGUGAUGAUGUGGCUGGUGGCCUCUGGUCCUCACAGGCUAUAUCGGCAAUGGAGGAGCUGACAGACAGUCAGCAGCAGGACCUCACAGCCUUCCUGCAACUGGUGGGAUACAGGAUACAAGGAGAGCAUCCUGGCCCGCAGGAUGCGGUCAGCAACCAGAAGCUCUUUGCAACAGCCUACUUCCUGGUCAGCGCACUAGCAGAAAUGCCUGAUAAUGCUACAGUUUUCCUGGGGACUUGCUGCAAACUCCAUGUUAUUUCUUCACUGUGCUGUUUGCUGCAUGCUCUGUCUGACGACAGUGUGUGUGAUUUCCAAGACCCCGCCUUGGCUCCUCUGAGAGACACAGAGAGGUUUGGCAUCGUGCAGCGAUUGUUUGCCUCUGCUGACAUUGCCCUGGAGAGGAUGCAGUUUUCUGCGAAAGCCACCAUCCUGAAGGACUCUUGCAUCUUCCCGCUAAUUCUUCACAUCACUCUAAGUGGGCUCAGCACUCUAAGCAAAGAGCAUGAGGAACAGCUUUGUCAGUCAGAAGGACAUGCUACAGGUCAAGACUAGCUACUUUCCAGGAUUGAGAAACUACUUUACGAUUGUGGGCCCAAGCAGGUUAAGUCUACCAGUGAAUCCCAGUGCACAUCAGGGGUGGUGUUUUCCGUACUGUUGUAAAUGGGUUAUUCUUAUCAGAGGCCCACUAUGCCAACACUGGAGUUCCUGAGGGAAGAACCACCUGUCACUCUAUCUUCCACUCAUGUCUGAUGUACAAAAGCAGAGGAGUCUCAGAUUUUGCUUUCAAGUUCAUCAUAAGCUGUGAAUGCAUCAGGGAAGCAAUUUCCUUCCCAUCCUUCAGACAUGCUGUACACUACUGGGUGACUGGGAAACCAGAAAUGCCACUUGAGUAUAUAAAACAAUUAUAGUAAGAACAUCUAAUUUGACCCACCUCAACAUGAGAAUUUGAAGAAUUUGAAUAUAUUCCUCUUAUUUGACUUUGUUAUGCGUUAAUGAACAUAUUAACAAUAUGUUCAUUAACAAUUGUCUGGGGCAAUUCCAGUGCGUUCUGGGAAUUUGUCACAUGUUGCAAUUUCUAGUAAAAGCAACUCUGAUCAAUG